AUGAUUUCCGGCAACCUCUAUUCACGAGCAGCGCACGCCCCUGAGGUCCGAGCAGUCAGAGGCGAGACACCAUCCCAGUGGCCGUUUGUCGACGGGUUUCGCAGUAGACGUCAAGCCGUUUGUCGUCGAGGAUCUAUCUGCAAACAGCCUCUGUCCGUCAUCACUGGGAAUUCCACUUUCCAGCGACCCCAAAUUCUCCGGUUGUUGUCGCCGGAGGAGACGGCCGUCGGAAAGGGAUGCGGUCGAGAUGGAUCGACGGCUGUAGAGAUCGAACGCCAGUCGCCGGAAAAAGGAUGCGGCCGCCAUACCUUUAGCGAUGGCCGCCGGGGGUGGUCGAGCAUCUGGUGGUGGCCGGGUUCACUGUGUGUUCCGCCAGAAAGUGAUGCGGCCGAGAUGGAGCGAUGGCUGUAG